CGGACACCCGGCCACAGGGUGUCGCUGUGGGUGAAACUGAACACUGCUUCCAGUAAACGGUUCUCUCUCUGUUCCUUUGUUUACGUUUCUCCCACAACAUGGAGGGCGAGGUGGAUGUUGACAUCGAGGGAGACGAGACGGAGAGCGGCAUGAAUGAGCUCGAUGGAGGCGGUGCAGCCCAGGAGCAGCUCGUACAGUCUGCGUGGACGAGCAGCGCCGGGACUCUGCCGUGGGAGCUGGACAGCUCCAUCAGCCCCGAGAACAGGGAGGCGAUACAGAAGAUGCUGCAGGAGGAGCAUUACUACCUGACAGGCGAGGAGCUUCCUAGUCACAUUUGGGAAAGUGAGGCUAUCAACAAGCCCAAACAAGUGAAGAAUUCUCCAGCCAGAGCCUCGGUCUCGGGAUCCUCUUCUCGUUGGUCCAAACAGGAGAAAGACCUGUUUGAAGAAGGACUGGCUCAGUUUGGUCGAAGAUGGACUAAGAUUGCCAAAUUAGUGGACAGCCGUACUGUUCUUCAGGUCAAGAGCUAUGCCAGACAGUAUUUUAAACACAAGGUGAAAUCCGAACCUAGAUCUGAAGCUCCCUCUGCUGGACCUGUGCUGCAACCCCCUCAGCCCCCAUCCAUCCUUGCCAACACUGUCCGUAUAGAGAAGCUUUCCGAUGAUGAGGAUGAGGAUGUAGAUAUCACUAAUGACCUGAAUGAUGAUGGUGACGCCCACGACAAAUCGCAAACUGGGGUCAAAACUGAGCCAGAGCAGCAAAUGGGCACCGGGAUCCCGACGGACAGUCCCACAGAAGAGCAGCAAGAGGCAGGGCGGACUGAAGUGGAGAGCAUGCAGGAGAUAAAGGACCGACACAGUUACAUCUCUCUAUCUCCACAAAGUCAUCAACAUUGGUCAUUAAUCCCUGUCAAAGAAGAGCCCGUUGUCAAUGAGCAAGACGAGACAGUGUCCCCCCCUCUACAAAGCCCUCAGACAGGAACUCAGACAGACUCAAAGCAAAUGAAUGAUGAGCACGAGGCCCAGUGCUCCCAGUCCGGGAGCUCUGGUCAACUGGAAGAGGCCUGUAGUGAUGAUAUGGACUCUGCUGAUAAGAUUGAGCAGAUGCCUAAUCAGAGAUCAGAAGAAGACCUGGAGGAGAGCGAGGAUGAGGAGGAGCUCAAGGUACCUGAGGAGGAAAUAAAGAUGGACAAGGACACUAUCACUGAGGAUGAGAAACAGGCUAUUCCAGAGUUCUUUGAGGGACGGCCAUCCAAAACCCCCGAAAGAUAUUUGAAGAUCAGAAACUACAUCCUGGAUCAGUGGUUGAAGAGCAAACCUAAGUACCUGAACAAGACAUCCGUUCGCCCAGGCCUGAAGAACUGUGGCGACGUCAACUGCAUUGGGAGAAUACACACCUACCUGGAACUCAUUGGCGCAAUCAACUUCAACUGUGAGCAAGCAGUGUAUAAUCGCCCAAAGGUGGUGGACCGCUCCAAGCAUAAGGAAGGCAAAGAUGUGCUUGAGGCCUAUCAGCUCGCCCAGAGGCUGCAGAGCAUGCGGACCAGGAAGCGCCGCGUGAGGGACAUUUGGGGAAAUUGGUGUGAUGCCAAAGACCUGGAGGGACAGACGUAUGAGCAUCUCAGUGCAGAGGAACUUGCUCUGCGGAGAGAGGAGAUGAAGAGGCAGCCUAAACCCUGCAAGAUGUCCAGAUAUAGAGGGUCUUUUGAUCCCUUCCAGCUGAUUCCCUGCAGGUCUUUUGGAGAAGAUGUACAGGAGCCAUUCCAGGUCAUUGUGUGUGCCGAGACUCUUCUCAUCAUGGACAUGCAUGCUCAUGUGUCACGGGGAGAAGUCAUCGGUCUGCUCGGCGGGACUUUUAAUGAGGAAGACAAAGUAUUGAAGAUCUGUGUAGCAGAGCCAUGCAACAGUGUAAGUACAGGUUUGCAGUGUGAGAUGGACCCGGUGUCUCAGACGCAGGCCUGUGAUGUGCUGUUGUCCCAGGGCUACGGUGUGGUGGGCUGGUACCACUCACACCCCACCUUUCACCCCAACCCUUCAGUACGGGACAUAAACACACAGGACCAGUUUCAGAGUUACUUUUCACGUGGCGGAGCCCCCUUCAUUGGUAUGAUAGUGAGCCCGUUUGACCCAGCAAAUCCAUCCCCCCACUCCCAAACCACCUGUUUGUUGGUGAAAGAGAGCCAGGAGCACUCGGGCCCCCAGAAGCUGCCCUACAGAUUUGACUUCCUGUCAUCACAAGACAUCCCAGACUGGGAACAAACGAUGAAGAGAGCUCAGUGGAUCAUCCAAAAAUACUCGCAAACCCCCGGGAGUGUUCAGAUGGACAGGUUCUUCAAGAAAGACUCUCAUCUCACCUGUUUGGAGAAGAUGCUGUCAUCUCUCGCCAGGUACCUGGAGCACCUGCCAGAUGAGGAGGGUGACCCCUUCCUCAUCCAGCUCCAGGCCCUCUUUCAGUCAGACUUUAUUGCCAAGCAGCAACAGGAAGGGGGAGUGUCUUUGAAUACCUCACCCAGACCUUUGGACUCGGACGACUUUUCUUUUGACCAGCUGAUCAGCCACGAGAGGCCGCAGGAAGGCGGAGGAGACUCCGAUCAUGAUUCUGGCAGUGUCCAGCCCUCCACAGACACAACCUCGGAGAUCAAAAGCAACACAGUGUUACACCUGGGCUCAGUGUUAUCGACUGAACAUGACUACUUGCUCUGAUGGACCAAAUAUCUCUUAUUAUACUACAACUAUUUAGCUGUAAAAAGUACAACAUUUUAUGUAAAUAAUACAAGGCUUUGUAUCAGUAGCACAAAUUAGCUGAUUACAUUUUUUAAAUUAUAUUUUAUUUUGUUAGAAUAGGAUUAUGUGAGCAGAAUUCAUAUUAAAGUCCUUUAACCCAAAACCCAAUGAUGGACCUAUUAGGUGUGUUUAUGUAAGGGGAUAUAUUUAGUUGGAUUCUUUUACACAUGAUAUACAAAUUUAUUUUCAUACUUUUCAUAUAUAUAUAUUUUAUGUAGUACUUUAAGCCUUAAAGCAAUAUAAAAUAAAAUAAAAGAUGGAUACCAUAGCUUUGCCUCUGACACAUAAAGCAAUGUCAAAUAAAAGUCACAGUUCCUUA